AUGUUUUUUUACACCCCAAUUUUACUAUUCAUUGUACUGUUAAGUACACUCUCCUGUGGGGACACGACUCCAUAUGACCCCACCUUCCAUAUUCAUGUCCCUCAAUGCUGGAUCAAUGACCCUAAUGGCCCCUAUCGAGACCCUGUCACAGGCAAGAUCCACUUGUACAUGCAAAAUAAUCCUCACGGUCCCAUUUGGGGCAAUAUGUCGUGGUAUCAUGUAACCUCGGAGGAUUACGUCAAGUGGGAGCGCAGCGAAAGCUUAUCCAUGACUAAUGACCGCUGGUACGACUUACAUGGCGCGUUCUCGGGCACAAUGAUGAACAACCAAUUUGGAGACCCAGUUGCCAUAUAUACUUGCGCCGAGAAUGCAAGUGAGGAGGAUAUUGCUCAAGGCAGGCCUGACAUCCAGCGUCUGUGUAUCGCGAACCCAUCCAAAGCCGAUCUUAAGGGCAAACGCACGCUGGACAUCUUCGAGAAGAGCCCGUUCAACCCUGUCUUAAGCGAACUUGAUGUACCUGGGCUAGUUCAUCUCAACAAUCUUCGUGACCCAACAGAGGUGUGGCCUGAUCCGGCGCAUCCCAAUGAAUGGCUUUUUGCACUUAUUGCACGCGUUAAGGAUGCAGAGGGUGACAAUGCGCAUGUGGUUCUCUUCCGCACCACAGACCCCACGUUCCAAACCGGCUACAAGUUUUCGCAUAGCCUUUAUAAGUACUACCGUGAAGAAAUGUUAGAGUGCCCUGACUUCUUUACUGUGGACAACACCAAUGGGUACUUUCUGAAGCUUACAACAAUGGGCGCCCGCCGUGAUUUUGUCGUGUACGGCAGGUACCAGAUGGACAGAAAGAAGAAGCAAUACGUUUAUGUUGAGGACACUGACCGCACCACCACGUUCAUGGAUUUUGGGCCUUACUAUGCGUCCAAGACCUUCUACGACCCAAUCCUGAAGCGGCGCAUGAUUUGGGGUUGGGUUCCCGAAGAGAUGGAGCAAGAGCAGAAUGUGAAGGUUCAGGGAUGGGCUAGCGUGCAAGUUCUACGUGGAAUCGCCUACGAUGAGAAGCAGAAGCGUCUCAAAUACCCACUGAUUCCUGAAUUAAAAGCUCUGCGCAGGGCGCGCCUCCUCAACGGGACUCUGACGCUUUCGACUGGCAGUGUCAGUACUGUUCUGACUCCGUUUGAAGUAGGAACGAUGCAUCAGGAGAUUAUUGCAAAGUUCACUUUUUCCGCAAAUCUUCUUGAUGAAACGAAGGGAUACACCAAAGAAAAUGCCCCUGAGGUGGGCUUGCGUAUCCGCACUAACACCAAUGGAUUCGAAUACACAACUGUGGCACUGAAGAUGCCGGCGGCGAAAGCAGAUUCAAACGUGUGUCAUGAAUGCACCUACCCGAAAGGGCGAAACACAGCAUUUAAAAUCUAUCCCAUCAAUAAUUACAAGGGAGCCGCGAUGAACUGCGGUAAGGAAUGCACAAAAGAACGCACCUGUGAGUCGUGGGUUCUGCAUGAAACUGGAAAUAAGGACAUGAUGCAGUGCACACUGUACUGGGACCAUAGUUUUAAGGUGCCUACCCCGAAUAAGAUUGUGUCCAGCGGUGUCGCAAGUGAGCCGCUUCUAUAUCUAGAGCGUACUAAAUCGGGUACCAUUGGCUACAACUCGCCACUGCACGGCUGUGCGCCGUUGGCGUCGAGCACCGAGUUUGAGCUUCGUAUUUUUGUUGAUAAUAGUGUCAUUGAGGUGUUUAAGGACGACGGUCUGCAGGCCAUCAGCGGCCGUAUGUACAUCCCCGAUGGUGUCGCUCACAGCGGUGUUGGACUCUACACCCGCAACACGGGUGAUGUUCCUGUCAGUGCCAACAUUCAAGUGUUUUCGAUGGACAGCAUGUGGAACUAG